UGGGAUAGCGAUCCGCAGGAACGUCGUCCACCCAAGUUAUUAGCUCGGUACAUACCUAAUGAGUAAGGUACCUGAGGCACACUUUCAGCUUUCUUUCGAGGACGCUGGUUGACCGAUUCCUCGUUACGUCAUCAGUUGAGAGCUCACAAAACCCAAAUGUCCGCAUCCCCUCGGGGUUGCUGUGCUUGCAGCCACUGCGCACUUUGGCACCAACUGGACGACAUGCAGAUCUUUCCCUAUUUGUUCAGAGACGGGAAACAAAUGAUAAGGCCGAUGGAUCAAUGGCGCCAUCGUUUCCUGGCUUUAAGCGUGCAUAUAUGUACUGAGUACGGAUACGCUGCCGGGCUUUUCUUGCAGCUCGACGACGCCUAUCCUGCCGCCCGUCUCCGGACUCACCGGCCUGACACGCGGGACCUGCCAAUAUUUAGGGGCCUUCCCCAGGUUUGUUUCCCCCUUUCCCCUCGCAUUUCUUCUUCAUGGAUGGAAUUGGCUUUUGUACCUUCACCUUUCCCUACUUGCGCCAACAUUGCGCCACCAGUGCGCCCAGCUUCUUUCUGCCUCAAACUUAGCUUUGAGCCGCUGUCGGGGAUCGCAGAAAUACCCGUGGCGUUCGAUUGACAAGUCGCUCAACCUCGAGUACAAAUCUGCGCCCAUCGG